UACGUUUGUUGCAGCGUGAGGGCCUAGACCGCCUAUAAAACAUACUCUCCGCACCAAAAUGCAGCGCUGCUGUCAACAUUUCCAUCGCUUUGCCAGCCUUCAUGCUUUUGAGCACCUCUAAGGCAGGAGUGCAGCAAUGAGCAGCCAAGAGCAGCGCGCGAGACAAAAAAAGACCACACCAAUCACGCAAGAGCAAAAGCAAGCCUUGUGGGCCCUCUUCCGCACAACAAAUUACGCCCACGACGCGCUGCCGCGGCCCGGCCACGACGCCCCGUUGGACGCGCUCGCGGCGAAGCUGCAGCUCACGUACACGCAGUGCGCGCGGCAGUACGGCAUUUAUCGAAGGAGCCGGCGCGACGAUGUAUGUCAUACGCUGUCGCCGGCGGCCCACGCGCGGCGCGCGUUCGGUGUGAGCGGCACGCUGCGCAACCGGCUGCGGUCGAUCGCCCGCGACGCGGCCUUCGUGCGGGAACUCGCGGCGAAAAUCCCGCUUCCGGUCGUGGCGAACGCCCGGGCGGGCUGCUGGUACGCUCAUACAAAGCACGUGGCCCGCUUCAAGUCGACGGACGGCCACCGCGGGCAGUGGGCGCUUUCAUUAAGACGACUCAAUCUGGACUUCCUGCGCAUUGUGGUGACUCAUAAUGGCGCUCUACUGGUCGACGCGACGCGGCGCGGGCGGUCCUUGCCCGACGCGCUGUCGAAGACGGUGCCGAUCUGGUGCUGCUGCGUGAACCGCGCGGCGGGGUUUGCGGCGGAAGAGCUCCGCUUGCCCCCGUGCGUGGCCGACGCGGAAGCGAGAGAAAUUGAGGCGCGCCUGGACGCCUGCGUUUCAUUAAUGAGGCAGCACGCGCCCCAUUUAUCAUUAAAGAAGCCGCUCCGCUGCGUGUGGGUCGUCAAUGGCGACGAUACCUCCAUUGCAUUACCAGAGGACGCCACGCCCAUUAUCUGCGUGUCGGCGUCGGCACCAAAUGGUGAUCUUCAGGGCGCGGCCGACGACGAGGAGGCCUGGGCGCCGCCGGGAUUCACGGCGGACGUCUUCUGGCGGAACCCGCAAAUUUUGGAAGAGGCCUCGGAUGAUGCUGUGGAGGCGGCCGUUGCGGCGGCCGCGGCCGCGGCGCCGGCGGCGCCGUGCGAAGAGGCGGAGCCCUACGACUACGUGGUGUUAAUGCGGCGUCCUUUUUUUUGCGACCCCGCGGCCGUCUUAGGAGCCUCCACGCGCCGUCGACCCACGACGGUCGCGGCGAUGGCGUGCCGUUGUCGCGCGAGCAACAGCACGAGAGAGUCUACACCGCCUCCACGCCGUCGACGCGACUCCCGCGCAGGCGCCGGGCCUCGCCGUCGGCUCGCGGCGGGCCGGGCGGCCGCCGGAGUGCUGGGCCGCCUUUGACGCCGUCGUGAACGUGACGCAGGACGAGUACGCGGGCAUGGCCGGCGACGCGCGCUACCUCCAGGUGCCCGUGGCUGAAGGAAAGCGCGACAAGGGGGGCCUCGUGCGGCACCUGCCCGCGGCGCUGCGGUUCAUUGCGGCGCGGCUCGCGAAGGGCGACCGCGUGCUCGUCCACUGCGCCCAGGGGCGGGACCGGAGUGUGGGCGUCGCCCUCGCGGUGCUCGCGACGUGUUUUGACGAGGACCUCGCCCUCGACGCGGAACGGUGCGCGGCCGUCGCCGCGGGUGGAACGGUGGCGCUCGACCGCGGCCGCGGCAAGGAGCUGCUGUGUCGGCUCCUCAACGUUGUUGUCAAGGCGCGGCCGCGGGCGGAGCCGUCGCGCGCGACGAUG